AUGGAACUCAGCAUUGGUCUUCCCGCAAACCCUACCUCCUCCCAGACCGGCACAUUCUACUUCGCCUAUGGCUCCAACCUCUCCCCAGAACAAAUGGCCGGUCGCUGUCCCGAGUACCCCGCCACAUCCUCUAUUCCCGUUGCCAUCGCCCGCUUGGACGGCUGGCGAUGGAUCAUCUGUGGUCGAGGGUACGCUAACGUAGUGCCAUCCCCAAGAAGAUCUCCUCAGUCUGGAGUGGCACCAAAACUGAAGUCAAGGUCAGAGUCGGACCAGGACGGGGAGCAUGACCAGCAUCCCCAUCCAGCCACCGCACCAGCGUCUGAUGUUGAACAGAAAGCAGACUCCCCAGGUACUUUUCAUGAAGACGACGACAGCAGCGUAGUCUGGGGCCUAAUCUACAACCUCACGGCCGGCUCAGAAUCCAUCCUGGACGGAUACGAAGGCCAUCACACAUACCGAAAUCCCACCCCAACACCCAAUCCUUCGCCUGAUGCUGAGGAGGUACGCCGGAAACCCUUCUUGCAGGGCACUUGGGAUUACAAUAAACUGUAUCUGCCUGUGAGGGUCACGAAAUGGCUUCAGGACCCCGUGACUUAUGGGGUUGUUGGCUCUAAAUCCUAUGCGCCGGAGGCGAGAUCAAAGUCGGAGAAUGCUGAUCAAGCUGCUGAGAUGGAGACGGGGAUCACUGCCUUGGUCUACGUUGAUGAGCUCCGCACUUCGCCGGGUCCCGUCAAGCCGGAGUACGUGGGCAGGAUGAACCGGGCUAUCAGGCAGAGUGUCGAGUUGGGGAUACCUAGGGGGUGGGUAGAGAGGGUGAUGCGGAGAUGGAUCGUCGAGGGGGUAGAGGUUGGAGAGAGGGGAUAUUUGGGCCGGAGCGAUGGGCAUUGGAAGGGAGAUGAGUAUCGCACGGAUGGCGAAACCAUAAAUCAGGAUUAG